AUGGCCGCUGCCAGGUUUAUAUUGCCUGCCAGUGGGAACAUUGAUGGAGUGAAGCUGUGUAAUGGAGGUUCUGUCACAGAUCUUGUCAAAGGCCUGCUGAAGUGUGGGCAGCGGUUGGAUGAAGCUAUAAUCUCUUAUAUCUUGUAUGGGGCACUUUUGGGUCUUCAGCACUUACACAACAACCGAAUUAUCCACCGAGAUGUCAAGGGGAACAACAUUCUUCUGACAACAGAAGGAGGAGUUAAGCUCGUUGACUUUGGUGUUUCAGCUCAGCUAACCAGCACACGUCUACGUAGAAACACAUCAGUUGGCACACCAUUUUGGAUGGCUCCUGAGGUCAUUGCUUGCGAACAGCAGUACGACUACUCUUAUGAUGCCCGAUGUGACGUCUGGUCCCUGGGGAUCACGGCUAUAGAGCUGGGCGAUGGAGACCCACCCUUGUUUGACAUGCAUCCUGUGAAAACCCUCUUUAAGAUUCCAAGGUGUCUUAUUAAGGAUUUUGAAAAGCGCCCAUCCGUCACACAUCUCCUAGAGCACCCAUUUAUUAAAGAAGCCCAUGGUAAGGAUUUGGCUCUGCAGAAACAAUUGGCUAAGCUUCUUCGAGAGCAGAAACCACACCUAGCCUCUGUUGUCAAAUCCAGGCAUGAAACCAUGUAUACCAGAAGACCUUAUCAUGUGACAGCUACUGAAAAAUAUUCCCUGGAUGAUGAUUUGGUCAAUCUGGAGGUUCUAGAUGAGGACACAAUUAUUCACCAGCUGCAAAAGCGUUUCUCAGACUUACAGAUUUAUACAUAUGUUGGAGAUAUCUUAAUAGCCCUAAAUCCCUUUCAAAAUCUCAAUAUAUACUCCCCACAGUUUUCCAAACUGUAUCAUGGUGUGAAACGGUCCUCAAAUCCCCCCCACAUAUUUGCCUCAGCAGAUGCUGCUUACCAAGGCAUGGUAACCUUCAGCAAAGACCAGUGCAUUAUCAUCAGUGGAGAGAGUGGUUCUGGGAAAACAGAAAAUGCCCAUCUGAUUGUCCAGCAUUUGACCUUCCUGGGAAAGGCCAAUAACCAGGCUCUGAGGGAGAAAAUACUGCAGGUGAACACCUUAGUGGAAGCAUUUGGCAAUGCCUGCACUGCCAUCAAUGACAACUCAAGUCGUUUUGGAAAGUAUCUGGAAAUGAUGUUCACACCCACGGGAGCUGUAAUGGGUGCAAAAAUUUCUGAAUACCUUUUGGAGAAAUCUAGAGUUAUAAAACAAGCUGUGUAG